AGCGGCGGCGGCGGCGCGGGGAAAACAUUGGUGGCCACGCCGGAGCAGGUGAUGCAGAUGUACAUGCACAAGCUGAGCCCGUACGAACGCCACGAGAUCAUCAACUACCCGCAGAUCUACUUCAUAGGCGCCAACGCCAAGAAGCGCCAGGGAGCGCCAGAAACCCCGAACAACUGCGGCUACGACGACGAUGAAGGUUCAUACCUCCACGUUCCCCACGACCACAUCGCGUACCGCUUCGAGAUGCUCAAGGUGAUAGGCAAGGGCUCCUUCGGCCAGGUCGUCAAAGCGUACGACCACAAGGAGCACCAACACGUGGCCCUCAGUGUUCGCAACGAGAAGCGAUUCCACCGGCAGGCGCAGGAGGAGAUUCGCAUACUGGAUUUCCUGCGUCGCUGGAAACACUUCACCUUCCGCAACCACACGUGCAUCACAUUCGAGCUGUUGUCCAUCAACCUGUACGAGCUGAUGAAGAAGAACAAGUUCAAGGGCUUCUCCCUGCAGAUGGUGCGCAAGUUCACCCACUCGCUCCUGCAGUGCCUGGACGCGCUGCACCGCAGUCACAUCAUACACUGCGACCUGAAACCCGAGAACGUGCUGCUCAAACAGCAGGGUCGAUUGGGCAUCAAGGUCAUAGACUUCGGGUCGUCGUGUUUCGAACACCAAUGCGUCUACUCCUACAUCCAGUCGCGCUUUUACCGAGCGCCGGAGGUGAUACUGGGUGCAAAGUAUGGCAUGCCCAUCGACAUGUGGAGUCUUGGCUGCAUCCUAGCCGAACUACUCACGGGGUACCCACUCCUGCCCGGAGAGGACGAGGCCGAUCAGCUGGCCUGCAUCAUGGAGUUGCUAGGCCCACCGCCUCAGAAGUUACUCGACCAGGCCAAGCGGGCCAAGAACUUCAUCAGCUCCAAGGGCUACCCGCGCUACUGCACCGUCACUACGCUACCCUUCGGCGCCGUACUUCUAGGCGCGGGACGGUCUAGACGCGGAAAGCUGCGUGGUCCUCCGGGCUCCAAGGACUGGUCAAGCGCCCUCAAAGGUUGCGACGACCCAAUGUUCGUGGACUUCCUCAAGCGGUGCUUGGAGUGGGACCCCGCGAGCCGCAUGACUCCGGCGGCGGCACUGCGGCACGCCUGGCUCCGACGUAGGCGACCGCGUACUGCUAAAAAAAUUGGUAAUAAACACGUACCUUAA